AUGGAUGAAGAAUUAAAUAUAACAUAUAUAACUCUUGGUGGGCAUGUAGAAGUUCACAAAUACAGAUACCUUUAUUUUAUUAUCAUUUUUACAGCAUAUAUUCUAAUAAUCUGCAGUAAUUCUACUAUUGUGUACCUGAUCUGGAUUCACCAAAACCUCCAUGAGCCUAUGUACAUUUUCAUUGCAGCUUUGUUAAUCAAUUCUAUUCUUUACAGCACUAAUAUCUACCCAAAGCUUUUGAUUGAUUUUUUAUCUGAAAAACAGAUCAUAUCUUAUGAAGCCUGUCUUCUUCAGUAUUUUCUGUUUUAUGCUUUAGGUGGUUCAGAAUACUUAUUGUUAGCAGCCAUGUCCUAUGACAGGUAUGUGUCUAUAUGUAAACCUCUGCAAUAUCCAACUAUCAUGAGAAAAACAACUAUUGAAGUCUUAGUGGCUUUAGCUUGGCUUUUCCCUGCUUGUCAGCUUGUGGCAACAGCAACGAUGAGUGCUAAUCAAAAGCUCUGUGACUUUACUUUGAAAGUCAUUUUUUGCAAUAAUUCAAUUUACAAACUUCACUGUGUGAGUUCAAGAGCAAUAUCUAUAUAUGGCGUGGUCAUUUUGCUAAAUGUUGCACUUUUUCCCAUGCUCUUCAUACUUUUUACAUAUGCAAAAAUAUUUAUUUUAACAUAUCGCAGUUGCAAAGAAGUCAGGAAAAAAGCUGCAGAGACCUGUUUACCUCACCUGCUGGUUUUGAUGAACUUUACCUUGCUGUGUUCGUAUGAUGUUAUUAUAGUUAGACUGGAAUCUGAUAUUCCGAAAAUUGCUCAAUUAAUAAUAACUUUACAACUGGUUUUGUAUCACCCUCUAUUUAAUCCAAUCAUUUAUGGCCAGACGGACUCGGCACCCCCGUUCCACAAUAACAGGUGA